CCAUCUUCUCAGCUUCUAUAUAUUUCUUACACAAGAGGAUAGGCAAAGCUUCUCUCUCUCUCUCUCUCUCUCUCUCUAGCUACACAUAUACCUUGUGUAUUAUUACCCAUUUGGAUGUAAAUCCAUCACCCUCCACCACUCUCUCUCUUUCUCUCUCUCUAUCUCCUCCUCUCCCUCUCUCUCUCUCUCCCCACUGGAUGAAAUCUCAUCACACCUUCGCCAAUUGAAUUUUUUUUGUAGAACAAAGACAUAGAGAGGAAAAAGGGAGGGCCUUUCGCCCUCUCAGAUCUUAGAUUCUCUCUUUUCCUCAUCUGGCUCUUCUUCAAUUGGAAUCCUGGAUCACUUGUUGAUCGAGUAUUGAUCUACUAAGGAUCGGAUGAUUCUCAAUUUAUUCUAAAAAUUCACUCAUUUCCUCACUAAUUGUAAGAGUCUCCAAUUUUGUAGUGGAAUCUUAGAAUGCAAAUGGAGCCUGGCAAAGUAUUCAUUGGUGGGAUUUCUUGGGACACAGAUGAAGACCGCCUAAGAGAGUAUUUCCGUACUUAUGGUGACGUAAUUGAGGCUGUGAUAAUGAAGGAUCGGAACACGGGCCGUGCUCGUGGUUUUGGUUUUGUUGUCUUUGCUGACCCUGCUGUUGCAGAAAGAGUUGUUAGGGAAAAGCACGUAAUAGAUGGUAGAACUGUUGAAGCAAAGAAAGCUGUUCCUAGAGAUGAUCAAAACGUGGUAAACAAAAACAAUGGCAGCCUUCAGGGGUCACCAGGUCCAUCCCGUACGAAAAAGAUAUUUGUUGGAGGUUUAGCAUCGACAGUCACAGAGAGUGACUUCAAAAACUACUUCGAUCAAUUCGGAAUGAUCACGGAUGUUGUGGUAAUGUACGACCACAACACCCAAAGGCCUAGAGGUUUUGGGUUCAUCACAUAUGAUUCGGAGGACUCAGUGGAUAAAGUUUUGUUCAAAACCUUUCACGAGCUCAAUGGUAAAAUGGUUGAAGUUAAGAGGGCUGUCCCGAAGGAGCUAUCUCCGGGGCCAAGUCGUAACCAAUUGGGUGGAUAUAGCAAUGGCCUGAGUAGGGUUAGUAGCUUCCUUAAUGCAUACACUCAGGGAAAUAGUCCAAACUCGGUUGGUGGUUAUGGAGUAAGACUGGAUGGCAGAUUUAGUCCAGUUUCAGUUGGUCGGAGUGGAUAUUCUCCAUUUAGGCCUUCCGGGUAUGGCAUGGAACCGAAUUUUGAGCCUGUAUUGAGUCCAAGAUAUGGGGGAAAUGGAAACUCCAGUCCCCAAAUUGGCUAUGGCCGUGGAUGGAACCCUUUCUAUAAUAGCAGUCCAAACAGGUAUGACAGUCCCGUUGGUUAUGGUGGGGGUAUUUCUGUUACUGGUUCUGGUUUAACUUCAGCUCCUCGGAAUAUCUGGGCAAAUGGGAAUCUUAAUUAUGCUUCAAAUUCAAACUCGAAUGAUUUGAUGGGCUCUGGAAGCGGAAGUACUGGAUUGGCUGGUGCUUUUGGCAGUUUAGGAACCAUAUGGGGUUCCUCUAACAUUUCAGGUCAAAGGGGAGGAACAGAUUCUUUGUAUAACAGUGGCAGUAUAAGUUAUAGCAACACGGACAAUAGUUUUGGGUCGGGAGUGGGGGGUUACGGAAGAAACAAUGGAAAUAGUGUUGCCCCAACAUUAUGGAAUGGCGCCGCAUCAAGUGAUAAUCUUGAUGGACCAUUUGGAAACUUCUAUGGAGAUGAUUCUCUUUUUGCCGAUCCUUCUUGGCGCUCAUCAUCUCCAGGGUUAGAGGGUUCUGGAACUUUUGGUUAUGGGCUUGGUAAAGUGGCUUCGGACAUCACAGCCAGAAACAGUGCUGGAUAUGUUGGUGGUUAUACUGUUGCCAAUAGAGCUAAUGGAGGAAUUGCUGCCUAGCAAGACUUUACCCUCAGUCGUACAUCUGAAUAGAGCUAAUCGGAGCACCUGUUUAUAGAACUCAUCACAAAGAGAGAAGUUACAAGGUUUUCUCCUAAGGUUUGAGCUUGAGUUUUCCAGUAUAGUUUUUCUUUUCUUGAAAAUUGAAAAUGUAAAAUCGGAUUGCGGGACAUACUCAGAAGAAUUAUUGUGUCAUGGGCCUCUCGUGUCAUGACGGUACAUAGAAAACGCAGAGGUUUUCACUUUUCAUCUUUUCUCUCUUUCUACUGUAACUUCCGGAAAAUUUGCUUAGUCUUCGUCAAGUAUGUUGUUUUAAUUCUCUUCCCCUGCCUAUGUUUUUCGGCAGACUAUAGGAAAUGAUUGUGAAAAUUGGGGGAUGCUCACCCAUAAUCCCCGAGAAUAAAUUGGUUGAUGUUAGUUCAUUUUCGAUGGCAGACAGACAGACGUCAGAAAGUUUAAGCUUCUGUUUAUCGCAGACUUUCUUUA